ACACGUGUCACACUCUGCAGACUGGACUGAUUUAAUGCGUUCGAUCUGUUUAUACCAGAUCCAAUCAAGCGUGAAGCGUCUGAAACUGGUUUUUCGUUGAUAAUUAAUAAAGUAUUAUCUUAUAACGUGAAAGUUUCAAAUAUAAAAAAAAACGUAAAUUGUUUCUUUUUAAAUAAUAAUAUUUCGGAAAAAAUCACUUCUCACGUGACCUCAGUUUUCGGUCUAUAUAUGUUAAAAAACGUAAAUUGUUUCUUUUUAAAUAAUAAUAUUUCGGAAAAAAUCACUUGUCACGUGACCUCAGUUUUCGGUCUAUAUAUGUUUAGAUAUCUACGGUGGUACCGUCUAUACCCAGAUGCCCGGAGGUGCGGAACACAUGCAAGUGCUUAAAUAUAAUCCGGCCCAGGCACCUAGGGGCAACCAACAAAUACUUAACGUCACCUUGUCUGUCACCGGUUGCCCACACACGGUAAAGGACCCCGUCUAUAACCUUUAGCACAUCCCACUGGUGCAUGUAAUCUCUACUGCCAGUAAGAAGUCGGACUCCGCAGGUCGGUGUUGGCUGAUCGCUUUAACCUUGGAUCGCUUCAAGUUCGCCUUCAUGAAUUUGCCACGUUCGUUUGUAUCUAGCUACCAUCCAUCGAGCCACGAUGAUGGAAAAGGCCUUGCUGUUUGUGGUUCCGGACAGAGGAACCAUGUAAGAGAGAGGAUGUAUACGAGUUGCUGAAACGAAGAGAAACACCAGUUCCGGACAGAGGAACCAUGUAAGAGAGAGGAUGUAUACGAGUUGCUGAAACGAAGAGAAACACCAAUGUUAAAUUGAAAAGGCCUUGCUGUUUGUGGUUCCGUGAUGGAACUUCUCGAUUUAUUGAGAAAAGACAACAAAAUCAAACAUACAUUUCUGUAUGAGAGCGAAAAUAUUGAAGUUUUGAUUGGUUGGGUCCCGGUACCACUCCAAAACAAAGGUAUUGCUGAAGCUUUGCAAAAGUAGCCUUGCAAGAGGUAAGGUCCAAAAAGGAUAAAAACGGAAAGCUCUUGGGAACCAGAAUUGCGGUAAUAAAGAAAAAUGACAUUGUUAGAUCCCCCCUGCCAAGCUACAUAUGGGUUGAAGGGACUCUACGUAACAUAAAGCGGCCAAUUAAAAACCUGGUAAACUUUGCGAGCGCGCCCAAACAGAAAAAAACGAGUUUCCCGCGCUGCCUCAAGCAAGAAGCGUAUCCAACGCGCCUCGAGCUCCUGACGCGCUCACGUUACCUGAUAAGAACAUGACUAGUGAGCCCGCGGGCAAGGACGACGAUAAAGAAAAUGCCCCUGCAGAAAUCGAUGCGAAAACAACAAAUAUUAUCAAGAACAUUACUAGUGAGCCCGCGGGCAAGUUCGACGAUAAAGAAAAUUCCCCUGCAGAAAUCGAUGCGAAAACAACAAAUAUUAUCACGACAUCAAAACGAAAACGAAGAUUGGUCCAGAGCCCUUCUGUGAAUCAACCUUCACCAAAAUCUUUAAGCCACGGUGGAGAAAAUGACGGAGUGAAGUGUGGUAAUUGUCACCGGGAAGGUUUUGUCCAUGAAUCCAACGAUCGAUACAUCUGCAGAACUAACUUUUCGGUGGCAACACCUUGCUGUGGGACCAACGAUUGCUUCCUUGUAGCAAAAAAAUGCAAAGUACACAAACUGUGCACCGGGAAGGUUUUGUCCAUGAAUCCAACGAUCGAUACAUCUGCAGAAAUGACUUUUCGGUGGCAACACCUUGCUGUGCGACCAACGACCGCUUCCUUGUAGCAAAAAAUGCAAAGUACACAAACUGUCUAUGCUGUAAACAAAAACUAAACAGAACUCCCUGCUGCCACAAAUACACCCCCGAGAGAAACUGUAUUGACAACAAACUGGAAUGCCUUUACUGCGGAACAUGGUCAGUCAUGUGUUCAUGCCACGAUCUAAACGUAAUCCCUCAAAACAACAAGCAUCACCUGCAAUAACACGAACUGCCAAAAGAAAAUUUUACACUGCGACUGUGAUAAAAUUGUUU